AUGAAUUAUGAAAUAUCACAGGAUGAAAAUGAAUAAAGUGAUAUGUAUAUAGAAUCAUAAUUUGAUGAGUAUAAAAAGCAAUUUCAAAUGGAUUGUUUUGUUUUGGAGGAUAAAGUAUAAUUUUCGAAUUUAAAUAUGAAUGAACCACUAGACAUGAAAUCACCUUCUGAAACUGUAUAAUUAUUAUUUAAUUUUAGAUUCAAGAGUUCAUAUUUACUGAAGAGAAAUUAGAAGUACAAGGAAAGGGUUUAAUUAGUACUUAAUUAGAUUAGAAUAAAUUUAUCAAUAUUAAGCUUCUUGAUUUAUCUAGAUGCAAACUUUAUUAAAUUCCAGAAGAUGUGAAGUAAAAUGAAUCAUAAAAGUAGAUAAAUGAUAAAUUUAUAAAAAAUGUAUUUGAGUUAGAAUAUGUUGGUAAACGUACCACAUUUUAUGGAAUCCUUAAAUUUUUUAGAGGUUUUAGAUUUGUCUUAAAAUUAAUUAUAAAAUUAUCAAGUUAAAAUGAAAUGUUUAAGAUAACUUAAUCUUGCUUGUAAUUAUAUUAAACAACCUUAUUUAUAUGAAUUGGAUAUACUUUGUAUUUAGAUGAAUCCAAUUACUUAAUUACCAAAAUAAUUUUAUAAAGCAAUAAGAAAAAUGUAUUAAUUAGAAUUUGAUUGGUUUAAGUAUUGUAAACCUCCAUUGCCAUUUAAAUUAAAUUUCAAAAAAUAUCCAUGGGUUUAAGAGAAAUUAAUAAAUGCACUAUCAAAAUAAAUAUUGAAUUUUUAGGAAUUUAUUUAAUUGUUGAGUUAAAAUGAAUAGAAUUUUAGUAGUACUGAUUAUAAAGAGAGAAACUUAUUUUGUUAAGCAGGUAUGAAUGAUGAAAUAGGAGUGUUGUAUUGUUUAAAUUAGAUUAUACCUUAGGAUAUCAAUAAAACUGAUUUUGAUAAUAAUACACCUUUGUCAGUUUGUUAUAUGGAAUGCAAAAUGAGGUUAGUUUUCAUAAUAAUAAAGAUCAGUGAGUAUAUUAAAGGCAUUUGGUGGUAGAUUUUCAUUGAAUACUAUUCAUUGUAUAAGUCAAAGAGCAGAUGUGUAGAAUUUAAAGUUUCUAUUAGGAAUAAAAGAAAAUAUAUAAUAAUAAAAGACACAUAUUUAACAUUAUAUAAAUGAUGAAUCCUUAGUAAUGAUGAGAAAUAUAGAUGGUAAUACACCAUUACAUUAAUUAAUGAUGAAUUUUGAUAAACAUGAAUAGAGUUCAGAAUUUGCUGAAAUUUUAUUAUUAUAUGGAGCAGAUCCAAAUGCUGAAAAUUAUGAAGGUUUUACACCACUUGAUAUGGCAAUUAAGAAAUAAUAAAUAAAAGGACUUAAAUUUGGAAAUGAUUUCAAUAUGUCUAAAAAUGUUGAUAUUGCUAAUAAAAGAUUCUUUAAUUUUUAUCAUUAAUCAAAUAUUACAGGUUAUAAUUUAUGUCAUAUAGCUGUAAUUGUUGGAAAUGUUGAAAUCUUAGAAUUCUUAAUUUCUAUUAAUGCAGAUUUUUUCUCUAUUAGUAAAUAUAACAAAUUACCUAAAAAUUUGGCUACUUAAAGUUUAGUGGCUUUAAAGAAUAUUAGAAAAUUAGAAAAAAGAUAUAUUUUUAAUAAUGUGAUCAAAGAAAAAUCUUUAUUAGAACAAUAAGAAAAGUAAAUUAACAACAUUAAUUAGAAAUGUUUAUUAGAUGAGACAUUAAAUUGAAAAGAAUAUUGUUUAAAGACAUCAUAAUAUGAUCUAGAAAUAUGCAGACUAAGAAGAAAUUGAAGAUAACUAAUCAAUGGAAAGUUAUAAUGAUUUUAGUCUCUAAGUAGGAAGUGAAUGUACUGUAAGAGAAACAGUUGCAGAAUCUGCUCCAAUAUUUAAAAAAUAAUUAAAUUUACAAAAAGAAUCAAAUACAUCUCUUUAAUAGAAUAUUGAUUAAUUAUCAUUACAAGAGUUUUCUGAUCAUUAUCCUGAUAUUCAAAAAUUAUUAAGAAGUGGUAAUAUUGAUACAGCAAUUAAAAAAAUAGAGAAUAUUUUAUAAUAUGAGUAAAUUAGUGUUGCUGAAAGACUUAAAUAUAAAAAUUAAUUGUCUUUAUUAAAAUUAAAAUUCAAAUAAAAAAAUGUUGAAUUAAAAUCUAGAAUUGGCUAGGAUGAAUAAUUAAUCUUAAAUGAAUAUCAAUUUAAAUCAUUAAAAACAGAAAAUAGAAGUAAAUAAUCAUUAAACUAUAAUAGAUAAAUAUUUCAAAUAUGUUUAAACUAUAUUAAAUGCAUAAAUCGAAAUGGAAAUAUCUAAAGCUUUAAAUAUAGUAUCCAGAUAAAAAAUAAUAUGUUCAUCCUAUAAUUUAAAUAGGGAUCUAUUAGUUACUGAUCUAUCUCUAAUAUCUGAUCUUAGAACCAGACUAAGUACAAAUUUAGUCUAUGACAUAAAUAACUAUGCAUCUCAUUUAUUUUCUUCAUAAAAUUAACUAUAUCUAUGGCUUUAUAGUUGCUUUUCAAAAAAAGAAAAAAUUCUAUUCUUAACAAGCUUUUUUAAUCUAUAAAAUUAUGAAUAUCUAUAAAUGAUGAAAUUUAAGAAGAAAAGAGUACUUGUUGGAAAAAAUGAUGAUCUUAGUAUUGAGAAAGAUAUGGCAGAAUUAAAUCCUGUUCCAAUAAACUAUAUAAUUAGUAAUAAUAAUCUGUUUUGUAACAGUAAAAGAAAUUGA